CGCUGACGCGCCGGUUUUCCCAUUCGGAGGUUGUCAUGGUUGCGCAGAACUGGGUAAAGCUCUUGGUGUUUUGGUCUUUUUCGGUGUGAUUACCUACCUAAAAUUGAGUGAGUAUUGUUGCGAUCAAUAACCGGUGAUUCGAGGAUUACGGAGGUCGCAAAUUUGUGCCAAAAGCUCCCAAAAAUAAGGGAUUUUGCGGAUUAUUCUGUUGAAUUCUUCGGUUUUCUGGAUGUGAGGAUCAUUAUUUUUUAUUGCCUUGUCUCGGCUGGUGUAAGUGAAGCGUAACACUUUGGCUCCCUGCACUAACAUAAGCUUGCAGGUGAAAUCAACUCUUGUGUUGGUGUUAUAAAAGCACGUGUUGUUUAUGUUUAUUUGGCCGACCGUUUGAGCGUCUUGCGUAAGUUUGAAGAUCAAAACAUAAAUUAAAACGUGUCUUGUGUUGCAAGUUGUGGUUUGUUUACGAACAGGGAGAAUGUUUUGGUGAUCGGAAUAUACGAACGUUGCCUGGUUGAUGCGAAUAAAAGAUUCGUUGUCAAUAGCGUACUAUUAACGGGUUUGAAUGAAAUACGAAAUCAGUUAUCACAGUGACACAGAUACGAUGGCAAACCGUGCGCAGUCUGUGAUCUGUGACAAGGUUCUGGCCGGAUUGCCACAGCUGUUAGAUGAUCUGCAAAGACUGUCUGAGGAUCAGGACACGGCCGAUGUGGUUUUUAUACUCGGAACUAGCGAAGAAAGAAUUUAUGCUCAUCGGAUUAUUUUAAUGGCAAGGUGUAAAUCUUUUCAAUCUCCCAAACGAGGAGAAAUCUGUAGAAUACCUGGAAGUUCGGUCGUGCCUUCAGCUCCGGGUACGCCAACCACCAUUCGCUUGCCACACAUUGAAUCAGAUAUUUUCCGUCAGUUUAUUCUCUAUGUAUACACAGCAAAGAUUAUGCUCCAAGACUCUAAAGUAUUCGAAAUGAUGAUACUUGCACAGGAUCUUGGCGUAGAAGAGCUAAAAAUUGCCUGUGAAGAACACGUUAAGACCGCCAUGUCGGUCGCCAACGCGUGUACAUUUUUGGCUGCAGUUAUGGAAAUACAGGAAAAAGCUGCAGGAGCCAAAAUUGCAUCUUCGUUUCUGGAUAAAUGCAUCACGUACAUUGCGGAAAAUGCAUCGGAAUGUGUAAAAACAAAUGCGUUUUUGAAUCUGACCAAGGAGGGUCUCAUUCAAGUAAUUUCAUACGACAAUCUCGGUCUAGAGGAAGAGGAUGUUUGGCGUUGUGUGUUGUCGUGGGCCAAAAAUCAAGCUGGCGUUACGCAACCCACCGCUCACUGGACCGAGGAAGAACGGCAGCGCGUUUGUCAACAACUGGCACCGGUUAUUUCUCACGUGCGACUGUUCCUCAUCGACAGUCAGGUCUUUGCCGAAGAGGUUGAACCCACAGGUGCCGUUCCGAUAGAACUCUCGCUAGAGCGCUAUCGAAGAGCAGCUCUUCAUUCGAAUAAACUGCCAACCUCUGCGGUUCCUAUUCCUGUCAAUGUUCUGGGUGAAAACGACAAACGGUUGCAGCCACGCUUGAUGCUGAAUCUAUUCCAUGGGUCUACAAUUUUGAAAAACGAUAAGAUUCACAUGCAAGGAACGCUGAACGAUUGGUACGGUGUGCACAAGCAAACAUGGAGGCUGGUUUACCGGGCCUCAACAAACGGUUUUACGGCAGCUUCGUUCCAUCGUCAUUGCGACGGAAUUGCGCCACUUUUCAUUGUCGCGUUAGGAUCUCAAGGUGCAAUCAGCGGUGGAUUUACAGAUGUAGCGUUUGCCAAAACGAAUCGUAAAGGCGGCUACAUUCAUUCGGAAAAGGCAUUCUUAUUUGCUCUGAAUUAUAACAAUGAUCCUCCAACAAAGUACGACAUCAUCAAAAAGCCCUAUGCUAUUUGCUAUCAUCCGGAUUGCGGUCCAAUUUUUGGUGCGGGAGCUGAUUUGCUAAUUUCGAACAACUGCAAUAUCAACAUGGAGUCGUACUCUAACUUUCCACACUCGUACGAUGGACCGAACGCCAGCUUUGGUAACCUGUUUGGAGAUUACAAUUUUUCUAUCGCGGAUUAUGAGGUAUUCACUCUGGCGCCAUCGACGGCUCCUCCCGGGAUUAAAAUGAAACAUGAUCGUUAUCCUUGAGAUGCCAUGCGAGGGGUGGUGUAGGAAACUUUCCGUAGAAGCGCAGGAGCUGAUGUAACGCGAAUAGUAUUCUUGCUCAAAGUUGACAUUUUAAAUAUAUUAAGCCAAGGAACAUGAAAUCGUAGACCGUUAAAUAUAGAGAAGAGACAAUACAUGAACAAUAACAA